AAUCCUAAUUGAGAUGCGCGAAUAACAAUAGGCCGAGGAUCGAUGGAAAUCUGAAUGAUCUGGUAUCAUCCGAUGAUAUUGCGUAUUGUAUUGAUAAGAAUCCGCGAAUUGGCGGCGUAAAAUAGGGAUUAAGCAUUUCCUUAGAAAAGUGGGAAAACGACGACGUUAAGAGAUUGUUUUCAUGAUCAUGACGCGUCGAUGAAAAUACCUACAUCAUGGCAGGCAAUUUUUGCUGAGCCAUCUUCCGCGAUUGUCUUCCUCGCCUAUCGGGCUUAUCGCGCGAAUCACGGCACGAGGGUUUGAUCGACAAUUAAGAUCGCACACCAGCCGGUUAUCAGAGAUUUUCUAUGAUAAAUGAGUCCAUUACAAUAUCACGUGCGAUUUUCUCCUUUCCGAUAUCUGUUUCCUGUGUCAUUCAUGUCAACGCAUUUUAUAUAAAUUUUAUCUGCAAUCUAAUACUAGAAACAAGAAAUCUAAUCAGUAUAUUCGUGUAUGUGCGUGACUUGGCCUAUUAGACUUAGAUCUGGUAUCACUUCCUGUACGUAUGUGAAAGUAAUGAAACCAUUGGCAUCGUUGAGGGGAUGAAGGUAACAUUUCUAAAUAUUGUACGGGUAAGAUGGUGUAUAUUAACGUCGCCGUCUGCCUGGCAGUUCUUCUCUUCGUUAUCGGAUUGUCCGUGGGGCUAAGCGUGAACACUUUUAAGGGGCGAGAUGCUCUAGACUCGACGCCGCUUAUCGAUGGGCACAACGAUCUGCCGCACAAUCUUUAUCAAAAAUUGAGCAACAACUUAUCGGCCUUCCACUUCGAGAAGGACCUGAGGAACGAUGUUGUGUGGGGAAGUACUGUUUGUUCCUCAUGUUACACCGACCUACCCCGUCUGAUCGAGGGAAAAGUGGGCGGACAAUUCUGGGUGGCGUACACGGCAUGCGGGUCGCAGUACAAGGAUUCCGUGCAGCUGACGUUGCGGCAGAUUGACGUGAUCAGACGGCUGAUCCACCGGUAUCCGGCGAACCUGCAGCUGGUGACGGAUGCGGCGGACAUCGAGGUCGCGUGGAGGAGCGGGAAGAUAGCAUCCAUGAUAGCGGUCGAGGGCGGUCACUCCCUUGACUCGAGCCUGGCGAUCCUCAGGCUCUACUAUGAUCUCGGGGUUCGUUAUGUCACCCUGACGCACACCUGCAACACGCCGUGGGCUGACGCUUCGACAGUGAACGACGGAUACGUGUACAAUCUCACGGAAUUUGGGCAGACAAUCAUCCACGAGAUGAACCGAAUCGGGAUGCUGAUCGAUCUGUCUCACGUCUCGCACAACGUUAUGAAAGAAGUGCUCGCGGUGACCAGGGCCCCCAUAAUGUUCUCACACUCAUCGGCCUUCGGGGUCUGCGGGAACUACAGGAACGUGCCCGACGACGUCCUGCACGCUGUCAAAAAGAACAACGGCAUCGUCAUGGUGAACUUCUACAGCGUAUUCGUGAACUGCAACACCUCGAGGAACGCAACGAUGCAGGACGUCGUAGAUCAUAUAAAUUACAUUCGAAAUCUUAUCGGUGUGGACCACGUUGGCAUUGGCGGAGAUUACGAUGGCGUGAACUCGAUGCCAGAGGGUUUGGAGGACGUCUCAAAGUAUCCCGACCUAUUCGAUCGUUUGUACGAGAGCAGAGAAGGAGAACCAACGUGGACCAAGGAGGAUCUCGAGAAACUGGCUGGAAGGAACUUUAUUCGGGUUUUCCAAGCAGUGGAAUCGGUGCGGGACUCCUUAUCGUCCGAACCGCCACGAGAAGAUAUCAUAGCGGGUGACGAAUUGUAUAUUGCGCAAAAGAACGAAGGGCUCAAUCCAGGCGCGUGUCAAACCGCGAAAGAGUGGAAUGGUGUAAAUGUAACAGAUGCUGAACAGAAAGAGACAAGAACAAAGCGUCAUCAAGCAUGAUUUAAAUGGGAAUUAAGUAAACCAGAGUGAAACAAUAUGUGAUAUGAUAUCAAUGAUUUUAAUAAUAUUAAGAAGGAAGCAUGAAAACAAAUAAA